UCUGGAGAUAGGCAAAGAGGGCGUUGGGUAAAAAAUAUUUUGCGGAGAAAGUUAACAUGAAGAUAUUUUUCGGACUGUUUCUGGCGGCUUUACUUCUCGAUUCAGAGGUGUCAUCACAGCUUGUUUGCGACGAAGGCUUGUGCCUGUUUGACAGCAGUCAAUUGCCACCUGGAUUAGAAUUCUGCAUUACUAGGGACAUGUUGUGUGAUGGCAUAGAACAAUGCAAGAAUGGGGAAGAUGAAAACAACUGUGCCAAAGCUGUUUGUGAGAAGUAUCAUUUCAAGUGCGACAACAUUUGCAAGCCUGAUUAUUUUCGGUGCAAUGGAAAGAUUGAUUGUCAAAAUGGGACAGACGAGAUGAAUUGCAAAGAAUACGAUUGUGGUGAUCGUAUCAAAUGUAAAUCAGAAACAGCUUGCGUCUUCCCUUCUGAAGUUUGCGAUGGAAAUUUUGAUUGUCCCGACAAAUCUGACGAAGAGGGAUGCUUUGAAUGUGAAUCGUUCAAAAAGAAAUGCGGUGAUUUUGAUUCCAAUUGCAUCUCCUUACAUCAGUAUUGUGACCUCAUUGAAGAUUGCGACGAUGGAUCUGAUGAGAGAGAUUGUACAGAUAGGUGUACCGCCGAUCAUGUCACUCCGGAAGAUCUUCAAAAGCCCAACUGCAGUUCAACGAACAGAAGUGAACCAACAACCGGCAUCUGUAAAUUUGGACUCGAUGGAAAAUAUUGCAACGAAACUUGCGUUUCCUGUCGACCACCAUUUUGCCAAUCAACAAUUCCCAACGUCAAUCUGUAUUAUAAAAUUUUUGACUAUCAAGAAAACAGUAGUCCGCCUUGUGUUCCGAGUGACGUCAGAAGAUUGGAUUUAAAAAAUGUACAACUGAAAAACAUACAUGUUGGUAUAUUGGAUGAAAUAUCAUCAAAUUUGGAGAUGUUGCGAAUGAAGAAUAUAUCAUACGAUUGUAUAGACCGCGAUUUUAUUUCUGAAUCAACUUCUUCUUUGAUUUUCCUCUAUUUGAACGAUAUGGGUUUCACAAAAGAAACUCUUCCAGUUUUCAAGAACCAACACAAUCUCGCAGUUUUGAAUCUUGACAACAAUGAGAUUACCGAUUUACAUGAUGAUACGUUUUCAGGAUCCAACGACAUCAUAACAAUUUCUAUGACGCAUAACAGAAUAACAAACAUUCAAUAUGAGCUAUUCAGAGAUCAGUUUUCAACUUUGUAUGAAUUAUACCUGUCAUUCAACCUCUUGUCAGUUAAUUAUAACUUUGAUGGUUUGAAGAGACUUCGUUUACUUGAUUUAGGCCAUAAUUGUAUUGAACACAUUCGUCCAAACGCGUUCGAAAAUCUUCGAGAUUUGGAAAGGAUUUAUCUGCAAGGAAAUUCUUUAACGAAAAUCGUUUUAUUGCGAGGAAUAGCACUCGCUCCCAAAGAACCGUUGUUAGUUGUAAUCCCAAAUACCUUGAAUUGUUCCUCCCUCGACGCACAGGAUCAGCUGAAUUGUUCCGAGGAAUUUCACCGAUAUAAUGCAAACGGACUCUUUAUUUAUGAUGCAAUCGAUGAAUGCUAUAUCAAUCAAUGUCCCGAAGGAAGUGAAUGCACCGACUUCAUCGGAGGGUUUACUUGCAAUGAUACAUUAUGUAACGAAAAUGAUUGUUCAAUCAACAAAAAUGGAAGAUGCUCCAGGUCAACUUUGGGAGGUGGUCUCAUACAAGUUGAUGAUCCGUGUUUGAAUCCAUGUUUUUGCAACCAAGCUGCUACAUCAGUAUCUUGUGCUGAAGGUACAAUAGAUACGUCUCUGCUGCAUGAAAACCUCUGCUUGCCUAAAAAAUCAACAAUUUUGGAAUUGAAGAAUGUCGUAAUUAAUGCGACGUCCUUUGUCAACUUGCUAUCUUCAUUUGGAAUAUUUUCAACAGUUCGUUUAACUGACAUGGAUACAACAUCAUUAGACUCGAUAGUUGAUUAUCAGAUAGACUUCCUUCCUAAACUUCUGGACAUAGAGUUGAUGAAUGCCUCUUUGACAGCGAUACCAACAUUUAUAACUGUAUUCAAUUUGUUAACAAAAAUAGUCAUAUCGGACAACAAUAUUUCAAACAUAGAAGACGAUACAUUUUUGGCAAACAGCUUGUUAGAAGAAUUAUAUCUUCCAAGAAACGAAAUAAUGCAUAUAUCAAGUGAUGCAUUCAAUGGGAUAACACGUCUACGCGUUCUUGACUUAUCUCAGAAUAAAAUUGUAUAUUUUCAUGAGAGUACCUUUGUCCGUUUGGUAGAUCUUAUAAUAUUAGACGUGUCAAAAAACUCCGUAACCAACUAUCACCCGGAAUUAUUAGCACGCCAGAAAAAGCUGAAAAAAGUUCAUGGAGAUGUCUUUACUAUUUGCUGUAUUGUUGCUACAUGGGGUAGUAGCUCACUAACGUGUACUCCGAAAGAUGCCGUUUCAUCAUGUAAUCGCCUGAUUGCAAAUGAAGCUCUGCGGGCGUUUUUGUGGAUUCAGGCUUUGGUAACUGCAUUGGGGAACCUGACAGUUAUUUUUCUUCGCGCGAAAGAAUAUAAAAGUGUCGGACGUACAAUUCAACAAAGAACAGCGAAAAUUAACAUAUUUCUAAUCGGGAUGCUCGGUUUAUCAGAUUUUCUGAUGUGCAUUUACCUAUUUAUAAUAGCUUCAGCUGAUCUGAUAUUUGCAGGAGAAUAUUACAGACACUCACAUAAUUGGUUAGCAUCAACAGCUUGCUCAACGGCUGGUGUGCUUGCCAUGCUAUCCGGCGAAGUAUCCGUUUUGUUGCUGUCUCUGAUAACCAUAACACGUCUCCUUUCAAUAGUACAGCCAUUCAACUAUCUACAAGUGGAUGUUCGAAUAUUUUAUUUUUCAACUGCUGGUAUAUGGAUACUAGGACUAGUUUUAGCAAACGCUCCAUUCAUGGGGUUUGUAUCCUUGGCAGGUUACUUCAGAGCAUCCGUUGCAACAUGCCUGCCGUCAUUAUAUACGUCAACAGCCGUAAGCAGCUGGAUUUAUACUUUAGUUAUUGUUACUAUCAAUCUCAUUGCAUUUUUAUUAAUGACGGUCGCCUAUGCUGUUUUGGUUUACAUAGCAGGUCGCAACAGCAAGCGAUCAAAACGAUUGAAGAUGUCCAAUGUUGCUACCAAGAAAUCGGGUAACGCUGGAAAAAAGUUAAAUGCCCGAGUUGCGGUGCUGGUAAUAACGGACAUGUUGUGCUGGAUACCAGUCUGCGUCAUUGCGGUCUACUCUCUGAUAACCGGUGGCUUGAGUAACGAUGUUCAUGCAAUAAUUUACCCUGUUACUGCGAUCAUAAUUCUUCCAAUAAAUUCCACGAUCAAUCCCAUAGUUUAUACCUUACUUACAAGUACAAGUAUGUCCAAACGCUUCAAAGCAGCUAUCGAUCGAUUAACGUCAGAAAACGAAAGUAAUAAUGGGAAUGGGAUACAAAAGCAAUCAUCAAACACACCAGUAAAAAAGCGAAGCGAAAAAACUAGCAGCAGAAUUGGCGAAGCUUUUGCAGCCCUGCGACAGAGUAAUAAGUUGAUGGUCAAAGAAAACGCUUUACCGGGCAUCGCGAGUGGAACAUGUUCUACCUAUUUAUCCAAUGACACUAACGAGGCUGAUGAACAGACUGGAAAUAAUGUAACAAACCAUUCGCAGUGAAACGAAAUAUAAAUCAUAAAAUUUGAUUAGUUUUUAAAAUUGCUGUCGCGUCCAAUCUCAGUCGUUUCAUUCAAUUAUAUAAAUAUUUAUGUAGAAUAUAUCUAUG